AUGGACAUCAAGAAGCCCAUCACUUCGGCCAUCGCCUCGGCAUCCUUCUCCUUCCUCACCGCCGAGGACAUCCGCAGGAUCUCGGUCAAGCAGAUCAUCAACCCCGUCCUGCUCGACACCACCAACCAUCCCAAUGCCGGUGGUCUCUACGACCCGGCGCUCGGGCCCAUGCGCCCCCACGACAUCUGUGCAACGUGUCACUUGAACUCGUAUCAGUGUCCUGGCCACUUUGGCCACAUCGAGCUUCCGUCGCCCGUCUUCCAUCCGCUCUUCAUGGGCAACAUGUUCAACUUGCUCCGCGGCACCUGCUUCUACUGCCACCGUUUCCGCGCCUCGCUUCCCGUGCUCACCAAGGUGAUCGGCCGUCUACGACUUCUCGAGUACGGCCUCGUCGACGAUGCCGAGAACAUCGACGCAGAAGAGCCCCGAAGCUACACCAAGUUCUCCGACCUGAACAACGAAGAGUUUGAGACCGCCAACGAAGAUUCGGAUCCGGAGAACACUGCGCCCAAGAAGAGCAGCUCUUCCAAGCCCGAGAAGUCCUCCGCUGGCGAGACGCCGGCUGAGUUCGCUGACCGCAUCAACAAGCAAGUCAAGGAGCUCAUCAAGCAGGCCAAGGCCAGCGGCAAGGCCACGUACGAGCCAGAAGCGGGCAGUCUCGCCUACACGCUCCGCAAAAAGUGCAUGAACGACUUUAUGAAGGAGAUUCACAAGAAGCGCUGCGGUCAAUGCAACGCCAUCAGCCCCAACGUGCGUCGCGACGGCUUCCUCAAGAUCAUGGAGAAGGCUCCCCUCCCUACCGAGAUCGCAUCCAACGAACAGAAGGGCUACCUCCGCAUCUCGCCCGUCAAGCGUGUCGCCGCCAUCGAGCGUCGGCUUGCUGCCUCUGCGGCUUCGACUUCCGCCUCCGCAGAGAACGACGAUGAUGCGUCCGGUAUUGCAACUCAAGCCAUCUCGGCCGACGACGCGCCAAAGGAGGCCGGUUACCGUGUCAUGCCCGCCGUCGAGUGCCAGGCGCAUCUGCGCCUCCUCUUCUACAACGAGGGUCCUCUCUGCUCCCUUCUCUUCGGCCGCAACGGCCCCUUCCGUCUCGGCAACAGCGAGGGCAAGGUCAAGGCCAAGACCGGUUCCGCUAUCUGGUCCACUCCCAACGGUGCCAGUGCCGACAGCUUCUUCAUCACCGCCGUCGCCGUCCCGCCCACCCGGUUCCGACCCGCCAGCAUCAUGGGCGACAUGACGUUCGAGAACUCGCAGAACGAGUUGCUGACCAAUGUGCUCAAGACCACCUUCGCCAUCCGAGAUCAAAUCACCGAGUUGGCGCGGCUCACAGCCAAGAAGGACUUCCCCGAGCUCGGGCCAGAUGCUUCCGAGUCCGACUUCCGUGUGGCAGAGACGCAGCUCAUCAAGUCGCGAGAAGACAUGCGCCGCAAGGUGCUCAACUCCAUGAUGCAGCUUCAAGUCGACGUCAACUCCUUCAUCGACUCGAGCAAGAACCCCAUGCCUCUUCGCCAGGGCCAGCUUCCGCCUCCCGGUGUCAAGCAGGGCCUCGAAAAGAAGGAGGGUCUCUUCCGAAAGCACAUGAUGGGCAAGCGUGUCAACUUUGCUGCACGAUCCGUCAUCUCGCCCGACGUCAACAUCGAGACCAACGAGAUCGGCGUUCCGCCCGUCUUUGCUCGCAAGCUCACCUAUCCGGAGCCUGUCACGGUGCACAACGUUCAGCUCAUGCGUCAGCUCGUCAUCAACGGUCCUUUCAAGUACCCUGGUGCCGUCGCCAUUCGCAGCGAAGACGGUACCGAGACUCAGCUCGACAAGCUCAGCGUAGAGGAGAGGACCGCUCUGGCCAACCAGCUCCUCACGCCGCAGGAGCACUCGUCCAAGCAGAAGCGCGGCACCUUUGCUGGACUCGGCAGCUCGACCCGCACGCCCAUCGCCAACAAGCAGGUGCUGCGUCAUCUGCGCGACGGCGAUAUCCUUCUGCUCAACCGACAGCCCACGUUGCAUCGUCCCUCGAUGAUGGCCCACAAGGCCCGCGUCCUCGUCGGCGAGAAGACGAUCCGCAUGCACUACGCCAACUGCAACUCGUACAACGCCGAUUUCGACGAGUGCUACUACGUCGCCAACACCGACAACCAGUACCUCACGCCCACCAGCGGUAAUCCGCUGCGUGGUCUCAUCCAGGACCACGUCGUCGCCGGUGUGUGGAUGACCUCCAAGAACACCCUCUACACGCGAGCAGAGUACCAGCAGAUGCUUUACGGUGCUCUGCGUCCCGAGGGCAAGUACACGGGAGGCGGCCGCGUGCUCACCGUUCCGCCCGCGUUGCUCAAGCCCGAGCCUCUCUGGACUGGUAAGCAGAUCAUCUCGACUGUGCUCCUCAACCUCAAGCCCGCCAAGGCAGACGGCCUCAACCUCACCUCCAAGGCCAAGGUGGCGGGUCGCUUGUGGGGCAAGGACCACGCGAGCGAGGAGAAGGUCGUCAUCGAGGACGGAGAGCUCCUGCAGGGCGUGCUCGACAAGGCCGCUUUCGGUGCCUCCGCAUACGGUCUCGUCCAUGCCAUCUUUGAGAUCUACGGAUCCGAGACGGCCGGCAAGCUCCUCAGUGUCCUCUCGCGUCUCUUCACCAAGUUCCUCCAGUCGAAUGCGUUCUCGUGUCGAAUGGACGAUCUGCUGCUGAGCAAGGAGGGUGACGAGGUCAGGCGCAAGGCGCUCAACGCCGCCAAGGGUGAAGGCAAGGGCGUCGCCAUGAAGACCGUCGGUCUCGAGGGCGAGGACGAGAACAACCCGGACACCGACAGGAAUCUGCGCAUCCGUCUCGAGGAGGUAUUGCGUGACGACGACAAGCUCGCCGUCCUUGACGGUGAGAUGAUGAACUCUUCCAACGCUCUCACGUCCAAGAUCAUCGAGUCGUGCCUGCCCAGCGGCCUGUACAGGAAGUUCCCCGAGAACAACAUGCAGAUGAUGACCGGCUCCGGUGCCAAGGGUUCGGCCGUCAACGUCUCGCAGAUCUCGUGUCUGCUCGGUCAGCAGGCUCUCGAAGGUCGACGUGUUCCGCUCAUGGUCAGCGGCAAGUCGUUGCCCUCCUUCCGCCCCUUCGAGACUUCCACGCGAGCCGGUGGAUUCGUCAGCGGCCGUUUCCUGACAGGCAUCCGCCCGCAAGAGUACUUCUUCCACUGCAUGGCUGGUCGUGAAGGUCUUAUCGACACGGCUGUCAAGACGUCGCGUUCCGGUUACCUGCAGCGAUGUCUGAUCAAGCAUCUCGAGGGCGUACACAUCCAGUACGACAACACGGUGCGCAACGCCGACGGCUCCAUCCUCCAGUUCGCCUACGGUGAAGACGCGCUCGACACCACCAAGAGCAAGUACCUCGGCCAGUUCGACUUCACCGCCGCCAACUUCGAGAACUACAACAAGCGCUACGAUCCCAAGCAGCUCGGAGAGGUCGUCGAGGCCGAGCUCGCCGCCGAGCACAUGAAGAAGGCGCUCAAGAAGCCGCACAAGUACGAGCCUGUGCUCAGCAUGUACAACCCCUCCACGCACUUUGGAUCCAUGUCGGAGAAGUACGCCAAGGAGAUCGAGGCGUACAUCGAGAAGAAUCCGAGCAAGCUCCUGGCCGACAAGAAGAAGAAGAGCAAGAAGCGCAAGUCCGAGGCUACUGGCGAUGCCGAUGGCAACGACGACGGCAAGGUGGCCGAGAAGCUGCGCUUCGCCAAGGAGAAGCUCGGUGUCGAAGCCUUCCGUGCCAUGUGCAAGGUGCUCUACCACCGCGGUCUCGUCGACCCCGGUGAGGCUGUCGGUCUGCUUGCAGCCCAGGGUGUCGGUGAGCCCUCGACGCAGAUGACGCUCAACACGUUCCACUUUGCCGGACACGGUGCCGCCAACGUGACGCUCGGUAUCCCGCGUCUGCGAGAGAUUGUCAUGACCGCGUCGCAGAACAUCAAGACGCCCAUCAUGCGCCUCCCUGUCCUCGAGGGCAUCACCGAGGACCAGAUCAAGACGUUCUGCAAGGACGGCAGCCGCCUCGUGCUGAGCCAGGUGAUCGACGAGGCCAUCGUCACCGAAAAGAUUUCGCCCAAGUCCUCGCAGACCGGCUUCCACCGCCAGAAGACGUACACGGUGCGCCUCAACUUCUACCCGGCCGACGAGUGCAAGGAAGAGUACAACUGCUCCACCCAGCACAUCCUGCACGGACUGCAGGAGACCUUUGCUCCGAACCUGGAAAACAACAUCAACAACGAGAUGCGCAAGCAGAGGCGUGAGCACGCCGUGCAAGCGGCCGCCAUCGGCCGAGGCCGAACGUUCUCGGACAACGCUGCGGCGGGCAACAAUGCCGACGACGACGGCGAGGAGCGCGCCAAUGCUGCCCAGCCUCGCUCGAGAGGCAACGAUGCCGACUCGGACGAUGAGGAGGACGCCUCUUCUGAGGUGGGUGACGGCGACGCCGACGAAGCCAAGAGGAAGCAGCGCUCGGCUGCGCAUGCCUCGUACGAAGAGGGCGACGACGAGGUGAUGGACAAUGUCCCUUCCACCAUGGAGGACAUCGAAGCUGCCUUCUCGGGCGAGAGCAGCAAGAAGUCGCCCAACGCGAUGGAUGUCGACAGCGACAGCAGCGACUCGGAGUCCUCGGACGGCUCGGUCAACGAGGACUGGGCCGAGCAGACGUCUGCGCUCGAAAAGGCGCUCCAGCAGAACUCCAAGUACAUCAACGCCUUCCGUUUCGACGAGGUCAAGGCGCGAUGGGCCGAGUUCGACCUUACGCUCGCUGCGCAGUCGCAGAAGCUGCUGCUCAUCAACAUUGUGGAGCGUGUCUGCCGACAGAGUGUCAUCCACGAGAUCCCCAACAUCUCGCGUGUCAUGAAGCCGCCUCCGAAGGCGGGAGAGGACGGUGUCUCGCUUACGGCCGAAGGUAUCAACUUCCGCGACCUGUGGAACUUUGGCUUUGGCGUGGUGGACCUGGACAACCUGUACACCAACGACAUUGGUGCCGUGCUCCACACGUACGGCGUGGAGGCGGCGCGCGCCGCCAUCGUGGCCGAGAUGCGGGGCAUCUUCGACACGUACGGUAUCGCCGUGUCGCCGCGUCACCUGUUCCUCAUCGCCGACUACCAGACGGCUGCCGGUGGCUUCAGGCCGUUCAACAGGUCCGGUAUCGCCGAGUCGUCGUCGACUCUGCUCAAGGCGUCGUUCGAGAUGACCAUGGCAUUCAUCGGCGGAUCAGCGCUGCACGGAGAGGUCGACACUCUCAAGACGCCAUCGUCCAAGCUCGUCGUUGGCCGACCGGUCUCUUCGGGAACGGGAACGCCCGAGAUUCGUCUUGCGCUUCCGAACCCGAUCGGCGCGGCUGCCUGA